AUGGAAAUAGCAGUGCUAUCAGCCAGCCUAUCCUGCGAGAUCAACGGAAGCAGCCUUGCGGGGCUUGUGAUCAUAACAGCCACCUUGCAGAUUGCGAUUAGGAUAGUCAUCAUGUUGUCCGUGAUCAAAGCAGUCAUCCAGCCACCCCUGUUCACGACAGACGAGCCAACAAGCAAGUGGAAAAUGCCAUCAGCCAGCCUUAUAUUCGGGAUCAAAACAGCCAUCUCGCUCUCAGUUACAUUACCCCCGCUUCAAGCUCCGUUUAUCCUCUUGUUUGUUUAUGUUAAAUGUGAGAGGAUUCAGUGGAGACCUCUUUGGGAGGAGAUGGCAGCGAUGGUCAGAGCUAUUCAGGGCCCAUGGGUCAUCAGCAGAGACUUCAAUUCAGUUGUUGAAGUGGUGGAAAGGAGUCAGAGAACUCAGGAUUUGGGCAGCUCUAGGGAGUUCGUUGAAGCCAUUAAUAAUGCAGGGUUGCUCGAUGCAGGAUUUUUUAGGAGUUGCUUCACCUGGUGUAACAACCAGCAUGGCCCUGCUAGGGUGUGGGCUAGGUUGGACAGGAUUCUUAUGAAUGGCUUAUGGAACUCCUCCUUCCCUAACUUCCAGGUGGAACACCUUUCACGCUCCAACUUCGAUCAUGCCCCACUUUUGUUGGUUCUCCCUAAGCAGACUUUUGUGGGACCCAAGCCAUUUCAUUUCCAAAGGUUGUGGCUCUUAUAUGAGUCAUUUCAGCUAGCUGUCCAAAAAGCCUGGGAGUCUAAGAGUUUGCUGGACCCCAUGGUGAACCUUUUGGUUAAGCUUCAAAAGGUAAAGAAUUCCCUUAAAGUCUGGAAAAAAGAAGUGUUUGGAGACAUAUUUGUUCAGGUCAAAGAGGCGAAAAGUACUGUCGAAGAUAUUGAAGAGAAGCUUCUGUCUAUUCAUGACUCCCCGAUGGAUGAGAGUUAG